CCAAGACGUAAACCUACUUAAGUUAAGCAGCAUUCCGCGCUGACGAACCUGUCCAGCUAUUAUCGACAUACUUGGAAGUAUCUGCUAGCGUUCGGACGUGCGAAUGACUGCGCGUACCGCACCCUGCUACAUGCUGGCUUCUCCCUCGCCUUUCUAGACGUUCUUUUUCCAUUGUUGCUGCCUUCCAAUUCUUCGCUCCCCUCUUUCCCUCCUGGCCUUUCCCUACAUCGCCGCUGGCCUUCGUCGCAUCCGAUUCGAAUUCCAGCCAUGUCCAUCCGCAAGGUCCUCGAGUCCCAGCCCUUCCUAAUUGCUGCCAAUGUGCUUGCCGGGAUCCUGUCCAUUGUUGUCAUUGGCCUGGUCGCCGACAAUCUGGCCUGGCUCAGGACGGCCGACGCGAAGACGGGCGUCUCCACCAUUGGCUUCAACAUUACCGUCAAUAACACCGAGACCUUCGACACCGCGCGUGUCGCACAUCUGCCUGUCGAUGUGCGUACGGGCAGCUACUGGCUUAUGCUUGCCGCCGGCAUUGGCGGGUUCAUCGAUGCCGUGCUGCUUGGCGCCAUGCAGUGCUGGCGACGUCUCAAGAACGCAAGCCUGCAGGUCGAACACGGAGAGACGUACGAUCGCAACCUCAAGCCACAGACUCCGCUGAGCAUAUUCAUUGCCGUCUUUGCCCUGUGCCGCUCUCUUGCGGCUACCAUUUACGCCUUCCACGAAUGGGCCGCCUCUGGCACUUUCACCCCGCAGGAAUAUCUUCCUCUGACAUCCAACGACCGCUACGACCGUGACUUCUUUACGCCGGACGCGUGGAACUGCCAGUACGAGGACUACGUUCUCCAGAACUCGGAGCAGAACAGGCUGCAGAACCUGUGCCAGGAGGGUACAGCUGCACGCACAGUGACUCUCGCUGUGUGCGUUCUGUAUGCCUUCGUUGCGUAUGGCGUUAUAUACAGAGCGUACAAGAGAAGGCAGAAUGCCAAGCGCUCAGUGCAGUUCAGAGGCUUUGAGGGCGGGGGAAGUGGCACCAUGAGAAGCUACAUGAGCGACGCGCAGACAGUGGUUGCCGAGGGCAGCGAGCCAAAGACUCCUGAGAAAUAAGGGGAGCAGUGCCAUUUUAUCCGCACUAAUUGCUGUAUGCAAAUUGUAAUAAGGCUGGAAACAAAAUCUUGCUCUUUGGCUGAGAAAUGUGCACUACACACAAAGGGUACGAUUGGAAACUCCUUCUAUUGAGUUGCAAAGUAGUGCUGAUUCUUUUGCAGAAUGAAUGUUAUGACUACAUAGAAUUACUAGGGGCCACAUGUAAUGAUAUCCUUUGCUUUCCAUUGCCGCGGGUCAAGUCUGGCUGGAGUCCAGAUGCUUCAUACAGUUCUCCUUGUCGACGGUUCACACGCUAAUUUUCUUUUGAUUGUGAACACAAUCAAACACGCCAAUCUCUGCACGCUGCCCUUGUACAUCUGUUGCAGCAAGUAGUCAAGAAAGAAGGUCAAACAGAAAUGGCUGCAUGGUGUUGACAGGAUUGUUUUAAUCUGUUACUAUCUCGUCCAGCUGGGACUCGAGCUCAGCUGAGAAAAUGCCGUAUUCUUUCUUACCUACUGACGGAAGGAUGAUCCAAAGUAGAACUCACGAUCCCUUUCCACCUCCCGCCUCCCAUUUGUUCUCUUUGAUCAUCGACGUUUCUUUUUUCCUAUUGCGAAGCUUUCAACCUAGAGAGAAUGGCCCAGGUACCUAACGAACAUGUUCAGUCCACAAUUGAUGCAUGAAGUGGCCGUACUUUGGAGGUUUCUCAUGUGGGAAAUUACAUUUUUAAAGUUGCGUCUAUGCAAGCGGACCAGUUUCGAUUUCGCAGUUCGAGCACAUACCCUACGGAUCACCGCGAGGCGCGAUGUGAAGCCAGCAAUUUACCCGGGAGGUGCCCGUGGAGCCUGCUCGUGUUUACAG